CGCGGAUUGUUAUACUAGUACAUACCUACUUGGCACGUGUGAUCUGUCUUUCGGUUCCGGUAUUUGCAUAGAAUCUCUUGUUCCGGGCGCGAAAUUUUUGUGAUUUUCUGUUUUCUAAUAUUAGAAUCUACGUGACUCCAAUUUCGGUCAUAGAAAAGUAUCUAGUCUCCAGUCAUAGUUGCGAGAACUGAAGGCGGAAAGAUCUUGCGUUGGCGAGGUUAUUGCGUCGUCAAGACUCGAAAACACUUCAUUUUUGGUUGAGAGUAUUAGCUUUUCUUUCAUUGCCUUACGGUAACAGAUCAUAUAAGUCGCAUCCAGAUUGAGUUCUUGGUCAUUCUUGUCGUGUUUGUUAAAAAGUUCUGCAUCUGUGAAAUUCGUGUUCAGAAAACCCAGGAAUUAUCAGCCAAAAACGUCUGUCUCUGGUGUAGCCAAGGACUAAUUUGAUUCGACAUUGAGGGCUAAGCAGCCUCUUGUUGGCCUUCCUCAUCGUAUCGGUGACCAGCGCUCCAACAAUGAAUCGCAAAGAAAGACGGAUGGAUGUUCCCGCGAAGUGGGUGAAUCCUUGCGGCUUAGCAGCCGACGACUUUGAGGCUGAUCAGGAUGUAGUACAAUUAAGUGACGAUCAACUUCUUGCCCAGGUCGUCGUGCAAGCCAAAACAGCACUUAUGCACGCGCAGCUCUUUCGCGAUGAUUAUAUUAAAGAGAUGUUCACCACCAACUUUGAUGAUCUACACACGUCGUGGAAAUCAAAUCGCUACGAUUGGCUACCCGGUCUUAGGGAGAUACCAAAGCAACUUGGAGAAGCGCUGAGCCAAGAUUAUCUGAACAAGUUGGAGAUUCGUAAUCUUGAUACGAUUUUGCUGGACACCUACGAGUACAUGCAGAUAUUUGCAGUUGGUUUAGAACAGAUUGUCUGGGACCAGGAAGACUACAACUUGAGGUUCCAACAGCAAUUUCAAGAUACUGAGUUCAAGCUUCGGACGGUCCUUUGCGAGCUUCAGGUGGCCUUGAUCGAACGAGCUGUGCCUCUACGGCCGGAUGUACCGCGUUCCGUGAUGGGUCCCCAGUUCCGAAACAUGACGGAGAACACCUACCGACAUCUACGGGACUGGCUGAUCUUUCGAGACUACAUGAACGGUCUCGAAUUCAUCGUUCAGGUGUUCGAACAUUUUCGUCAAGUCUUGGAAUCCUGAGGGCGACAAGGCGGAAGCAGGCGCAGGGUAACUAGGCGACGACUCGCUCGUCUCAGAAAACCAGGUCAUCUAAAGUUGGAAUCUCUUCACUUAUAAAGCGAUUCUUGAAGAGCAUUCCCGUGCGACUCUUGCAAGCUGCGCGUAGUUCAUAAUUUCAGGAACGAUCCGUUUUUUCCUGAUGAACUUCGCUCUAGUCUAUGGAGUUUUAUUUCUCGAUGGAAAUAAAAUUCCCUUGGCGUCAUUGGAAGAUGGAUAACCCUGGACAACAUUUUCGAAGAACAAGUUUGCACAUGUCAAGUGCGUUUGAAUCUAGAUGAUUCGCUGAGCAUAUCACUCUUCCCAAGAAAGGAGAGUGAUUAUCCUCUGAAGUCUAUCUUGCAUUUGGAACGAAAAGCCUUCACUGGAAAAAGCUUCACUGGACUAUGGAUAAAUGUGUUUCAAGAUUAUGUUGCUGCAGAUUCGCUGAAGCUCUUUGGUGCCUCGCUGAUGGUGCCAUUGACCCAUCGAAUUUUCCAUCUUGAAUGACCUGGAGUAGUGGAUUUGACCGAGGAAUGACAUGGCUACGAGUCGAGAUGAUGGAUUCUUCGUUACUGAGAAGAUGAAAAGAAGACAAGAGACAAAGAGCAAGAAAGAAAGAGAGUCGCCCGAACCAUAGCCCGUCGGCUUUCGCCGCCAUCAACUCAUUUUUUCAUGCAGCUGAGGGAAACUUCGCACAGCUGUAUUGCAAUAAACGCACAAGUGUUCGCACAGUCAUUCGGUUAUGCGUACAAGAAAUACGAAAUAGUUCGAAUUUGCACGGGUUUCAAUCGCGAGGCUUUUGCCCUCUGGUUCAAGUAUUUCGACCAUUUGCCGCGCUGAAAUUUUAGUAUUUAAGAAAGAACGCGAUUUCGGGCCAAUCUCAGUUUUCCUUCUCCGAAAAUCUGUAUCGUUUUUGUCCUCGUUUCGGUCCCCUUUCUGUAUGAUUUGAACUCCGCAUUGUUUAUUUUCAUUCUUCAAAUAUAUAAAAAAUUAUCAGUGCCAAUCAUCAGUCUCACGAGGAAGGAGAAAAAUUAAGCAAAUAUCUUAAUUUCUCAACUUUGUGCUGAAUUGUUUUAUGAUUCACUGCAAUUUUUAAUAUUUAAGUAUAGAUAAAAAUGCGCGGCGAAGAAACUAUCGAGACUCUACGAACCCUGAUUUUAUUCGCAAUCUAGAUAAGAAAUUUUUUUAAUGCGAAAAGUGUAGACGAAUGAAAUGCACGAGAGUAUAAGAGUGAGAAUAUAUGAGAGAAUGAGAGAAAAAGAGGGAGCAUAAAAAGAAAUUUGUGGUGAUCACGAAAAAAUAUUUAUUUCUUUCGCUUCACUGUUGUCACAUUAAAUCCGAACUUGGUUGUCAAAUUUAAUUUGGAAAAAUUUUCGAAUUAUAUCUCAAUAGUCGAUGAUUUAUGACAAAGUCAAUUCGCGAAAGCACAAUAUUUUUGUGAGAAAUAAUAUAGUAUUCACGCAAGUAAGUGCGUCAUAAAAGAGCUUAUCAGUACCGUGAGCGAGGCUCACUAUAGUAUUUAAAAAUUCGCAAGAAUGUUCUACCUGCGACCCUCCUGAAAUCUUACACGAUUAAUAUUUAUUGACUAACUGUGUAAUUACUAUUACGAUUAUUAUGCAUAUUUAUUCAGAUUAUUUAUUUUAUUUUUGUAAAGACUUUACAAGCAGCCUGAUCGAAUACUGUAUUUAAAGUGUGUAUGUAUUUAGAAUAUGAUAAAGGAAAUUUGUAAAUAUGAAAUGAAAACAGAGAAUCGCACGAUACGACGCGGCCAGCUAGAAUUAAAAAUCCCGGUCAUAUGCCGCACUGCUGCUCUAUUUUUUUUUUGUUUUUUGUUUUUUUUUUGUUUUGUUUUAGACGUACCUCUCUGCAGAGUGUGAUUUCUCUUUUCAUAUUAGAAGCGAUCAAACUGGACAAUUUUUUAUAUUCUACUAGUAUUUUUUAUAGGAAAAAUAUUGUAGCCAGUGAUCUGUGCAACGUUUUAAAGUCAAUUUUUUUUUUAAAGUGCACCUCUUGUUUUAUAACGUGUACCAACUUUUAUAAUGAUCGAUCUUUUGGCUUUAAUUAGACUGCGCGAAAAGAAGUUGAGUAAAUUUUCGGAAAAUUAUACAAUUUUAGUUAGUAGACUUUUGAAAAUUCGGUUUGUUUUGGAGAAACUUUAAAAGUUGGUUAUUAUAUUUCUUUUCAAUAUUAUUAGAUUGGAGAAAAUUUCCUCAGCUCUUUCUACUGCAAUGAUUCUGAUUUAUAUAGCUUCUGCGGGGGAUGAAAGUGAAAUAUUUUAGAAAAAUUAAUUUUAGGAGUGCCGAAAAUUAUCAGGGCGUUCUCUUGGCAGAGUAACGUCGUGACUUUUGAUUAUGUUCAAAUCAUACUCGAAAUGUGUGCUUUAGAAAUGGCACUUUACUUAAUUUCAACACUUGGUCUCACUUAAUUUUAACAUUCGUAAAUUGCACAUGACCAUAUUGUCAUCAUAUCAUCAUGCCUGUGAUAUGAUUAAUUAGUAAAUCUCUCGUAAAACUGGACAUUCGAAUAUCAAUUUGAGCCUACCUCGAUCUCGAAAUACCAACUUAUUUCAUCAGACCCAUCACCACAUUUCAAAUAUCUCGACUUAAUUUAUUUUGUGAUUUUAUUCUCCGUAUUUUAGCAUUUGUAUAUGCAGCAGCUUAGCCUGCUUAAAGUUUUAAAUGCACGAAUGAGACAAGAAGCUUAAAAGGCAUUAAACCAUUCAAAAAAAGAAAAUUGCAAUAUCUGUUUGGGACACAGACAAAAUUUAAUAUUAGCUUUUUAGUAAAUUUUUUAUUUAUUUAUUUUUUAAAAAUAAAAGCAGGCUUCAUAUUUAAGCUUCAGGUCUCAUGCAUUUUUAUUUAGCAUUGAUAAUCGAUCACCAUAAUGUUCCUUAGAAACCGGUCGUCAAUAGGUAAAUCUUUCUCGGCUGUUUUUUCGCAUACUUGUCGAUGACAAGCGCCGAAAACCAUUCAGUCAAAAUGAAAACUCUGCCCGGGGGAUAAAAACGUAUUUUUGAAAACCCCAGAUUAUUUGUAUUUAAACUCUGUGUCAAAAUUGUUUAAGAGUCUACAUUUCUGUUACUGUUAAAUUCACAGUGUUGUAAAAGACAUUUUUGUUAUUGUUUACACGACGAUAAAUCGACGAGUCCGAUUUGGUUCCCCCGGACGAGCGUGUCCGAUUAUUAAUUUUUAUCACUAUUCAUAAUGUAGUACCAUAUAGAUAAAUAAUUCGAUUGUAAUUACCUAUCAAUUGCUUCGUAUAUAUUGUAUAUAAACAGAUUUAAUGAUGUCGAAGCUACAAAAUAUUAUUAUACUAUAUGUGGAUAUGUAUAAUGUUUUGUGGGCUGCCCCCUCAGAAAGCCCAUUUUGUAUCAUAUUAAACCAAAGACGUUCAACAUUGAGAAUCAA